ACAUGUUAGGACAUUGUCCAAUAUCCAUAUCCACAAUAUGUCUAAAAAUACAAAUUGUUACUGGAUAUUGUCUAAUUGAAGUAGAUGUCCAGUGGACAAUAUCUGCUGGAUAUUGUCUAAUAUCUGGAAAUUUUUGA